AAGAGGAUUGAGGGCGGCAGCUCCAACGUGUUCUCCAUGUUUGAACAGACGCAAAUCCAGGAGUUCAAGGAGGCCUUCACCAUUAUGGACCAGAACAGAGAUGGCUUCAUUGACAAGAACGACCUGAGGGACACUUUUGCAGCCUUGGGCCGUGUGAAUGUGAAAAACGAGGAAAUUGACGAAAUGAUCAAGGAGGCUCCUGGUCCAAUUAACUUCACCGUGUUCCUGACGAUGUUUGGGGAGAAACUCAAAGGGGCAGAUCCCGAGGAAACCAUCCUCAACGCGUUCAAGGUGUUUGACCCUGAAGGCAAAGGGUCCCUGAAAGCUGACUACGUCCGGGAGAUGCUGACCACGCAAGCUGAGAGGUUCUCCCAGGAGGAGAUCGACCAGAUGUUCGCGGCCUUCCCCCCUGAUGUCACGGGCAACCUAGACUACAAGAACCUCGUGCACGUUAUCACUCACGGAGAGGAGAAGGACUGAGCCCCACGGCCUUGGGCCUUGCACCCCACUUCCAAACUGCCUCAUCCC